AAUCUUCCUUUCUUUUUCAGGCUCAAACUGCCUUUUCUGCAAACCCUGCCAAUCCAGCAAUUUUGGCUGAGGCUUCUGCUCCCAUUUCUCAAGAUGGAAAUCUCUACCCUAAACUGUAUCCGGAGCUCUCUCAGUACAUGGGGCUGAGUUUAAAUGAAGAAGAAGUCCGUGCAAAUAUGGCCUUGGUCCCUGGAGCAUCAGUUCAGGGGCUGGUAGCAAGACCUUCCAGUAUGAACUAUAUGGUGGCUCCCGUAACUGGUAAUGACGUGGGAAUUCGUAGAGCAGAAAUUAAGCAAGGGAUCCGUGAAGUCAUUUUGUGUAAGGAUCAAGAUGGGAAGAUUGGACUCAGGCUUAAAUCAAUAGAUAAUGGUGUAUUUGUUCAGCUGGUCCAGGCAAAUUCUCCAGCCUCUUUGGUUGGUCUGAGAUUUGGGGACCAAGUGCUCCAGAUCAACGGGGAAAACUGUGCAGGCUGGAGCUCUGAUAAGGCGCAUAAGGUGCUCAAACAGGCUUUUGGAGAGAAGAUAACCAUGACUGUUCGUGACCGGCCCUUUGAACGGACAAUCACCAUGCAUAAGGAUAGUACUGGACACGUCGGCUUCAUCUUUAAAAAUGGAAAGAUCACAUCCAUAGUGAAAGACAGUUCGGCAGCCAGAAAUGGUCUUCUCACAGAACAUAACAUCUGUGAAGUCAACGGGCAGAACGUCAUUGGGCUGAAGGACUCUCAAAUUGCAGACAUACUGUCCACAUCUGAGUCUGUAGUUACCAUUACCAUCAUGCCUGCUUUUAUCUUUGAACAUAUUAUUAAACGGAUGGCACCAAGCAUCAUGAAAAGCCUGAUGGAUCACACCAUUCCUGAGGUUUAAACAUCAUGGCACAAUGGAAACUUCGCUGAACUUCUCCAGUUUACUUCUUGGGCAACUUAACUUUAUAUUAUGCACAUGAAGCUUUCUAGGAGCCAGAGAGCAUAUGCUGCAUGAAGACCAUUUUUUCCUUACAUCAUGGCUGGGAGUCUUACCCAUUUGAUCGGUAUCUUGUUCACACUUCAAGAUCGUUGUAGCCUUACCCUGGUUUUACAGAUGUGAAACUUUGGACAGAUGUACUGAUUUUCAUAGAAUAGUUUCUCUACUGGAAGCCCGAUGCUUUUACAAGCCAUUACGAUUAGAAUGACUGAUACAGGCUUAGCUCUGUUAGAACAAAUCACCUUUAUCCUGUGUAUCAAGUAGUGCUGCUCAUGUUACUUUAAUUCUAUGGUAUAAUUGCAUUUUUAAUGUGUUACCAUAGUACCUGUAGAAUGAUUGCUUUUUUAGUUCGUGUGUGCACGUGCAUGUGUGCGCGUGCGUGUAAAAUGCCAGUUAAGUAUGCUGGUUCCAUUCCAUGUAAGCAUUAUACAGUGUAGGGUGCAAGAGAUUGUGUUGAUCAUCAUUAAAUUGUAACUACCUUUACUCUCUAAGCUUGAACUGUCGCCUUAACUGUGUUCAGCAUCUAGAAUAAAAGCCAAAAUAGCACUAUUGCUGCCUUUCUAAGACCCAGAAUGCAGUUCCCUGUCACACUGCCAUGUGCCCUGGCCCAGAACAGUUAAUGGUACACACGAGCCACUGCAUAGCUGCUUAGUUGCAUUUGAGAUUUUCUAGUCAUCGUGUCACGGAGAUUUCUUUCUUCCAAAAGUUACUGAUCUUACUUUCUGAGAAAUGAAUCACUAUAUAUUAAAUGUAAAAAUUCUUUAAGUUUUUGACUUUUUUUUUCAUUUGUAGAUUAAGUGGAGUAAUACCUACUUUUGUCAUUUACUCUAACUGUGUAACCUAGCUACUUUGGGAUGGCCUUAGGAUGUUUUCCAGGUAAUUUGUUCCAUUUCCUGACCCCUCCCUACAAACCAAGUGGCAAUGACACGUUAUCCUCAUUUGUUUUUUGGUUUGUGCCUAUUCCGUUUUAAUUAAAUAUGUAUAAAUAAAGUUAACCUUUUAGUCUGUUUA